AAAAAAUAAAAAAAAUGAUGUUAAUUGAUCCAUAGAACAAGUUACUUAAGACAUAGAUAAUGGAAUUGAUUAUGUAAUUGAUUAUAAAGAGUGUAGGAAUAAAUAAAAAAGAAUCGUAGUAGCAAAAGAUUAUAAUUAUUCAUGCACAAAAUUGGAAUAUAUGGAAGAUGGUAAAUUGUUUUUAUCAUUUUAAUGUUUUAAUUUUAAUGAGAUUUUUAGUAUUGCAGGUAAUUACAUGAUAGGAAAAUAUUAUAAGGGUAAUAAAAUAUAUAUAAGAAAUAGAUUAUACUAGAGAGGAGACAGAAAAUGGAUUUAAUUUAACAUUUUCAUUUGAUGCAUAAUCAGCAAAAGAAGAACCUAAGAUUCCAAAGAAUGCAACUGAAGCAGAGAAAGCUGAAAUAUAAGAAUUAAGAUAGUAAAUAAGAGGAGAGAAUUAGAAAUUAUUUGAGAAAGUCACAAGAGAUUUUUCAUAAAUAAGAAGAAACUUUUAUGCAGUUGCUUUUGAAUAGGCAUUUGAUUAAAUUAAUAAAGGAGAAGGGGCUAAUAAAUUUAAAUAUUAAAGUAGAGAAAAUGAAGUUGUAUAUGCAAUACCUGAUAAAGAUGCAUUAAACAUAUUCUAUGAAAUAUCAUUUUAGGAUAAUGUAGAUAGAACAUUAGCAAAUUUAAUAAUUACAGAGAUUAUUGAUGCAAAGAAAAAUGUGAAGAUGGCACCACCUAUAUCUAGAUCUAAUUAUUAAUCAUCUAUUUUGAAAUCAGCAUUUCCAGAAGUAUCUAAUAUCAAAGUAGAUCCAAAUUCAUAAGUUAUAACAAUGACAUUAUUUAAAGCAUAACAUUUUAGUAAAAAUAUAGAAUAAUUAUCUACAUUUUUAUAAGGAUUUAGGUAAUGAAAAUAUUGAUUAAUAAAUAGAUAAUAUUUACAUUACCAUAUUCAUGCUUCUAAAACAUAUUUACAUUCUAGAAUUAUAAAGAGAAUUGGACAAUUUCAAAGAAGCUUGUAAUUGUGUUAAUUUGAACCAGAGAUUGAAAAAAAGAAUGAAGAUCUUUUCACAUAAUCUGUUGCAAAAGCAUGA